AUGGCUCCUCCGCCGCGCCUGCGCAUUUUGUCAGUGGGCAGCAAUGGCAUCUCUGCGUUCCUCUCCUGGAGACUCCAGGCAACCACAUCCUGCGACGUGACGCUAGUCUGGAAAGCCAAUUUCGAGGCCGUUUCUCAAUAUGGAGUGACGAUGAAGUCGAAAACAUUUGGAACUGAACGAUUUAAACCCCGUCAUGUUGUCCGCUCUCCCGAAGAUGCCGCAUCUCGUGAAAAUGCAUUCGACUAUGUCAUCCUGUGCGUCAAGGCGCUCCCCGAUGUGUACGAUCUGGCCGCCGUCAUCGAGUCUGUUGUCACCCCUCAACACACAUGCAUCUUGGUCAAUACUUCAAAUACCCUCGGAGUUGAAUCACACCUAGAACAGCGGUUUCCUACCAACGUCGUUUUGUCCCUUGUAUCCGGUGUCGAGAUAACCCAGACCGGGCCGAGCGAAUUUGAGCACAUCAACUCAUCAGAUAUCUGGGUUGGGGCUACAAGUAGUAACUCCGGAAUCCCGGCUGAAAUCCAGAAUGAUAUGGCUCAAGCGCUGGCGAUGACGCUCGCGUCUGGACAGGUCAACUGCAAAGUAUCGUCCAACAUCAGACAGGAGCAGUUUGAGCGUAUGAUCGGGCCUAUCGCGUUCCACCCGGCAAGUGUCAUAUUUGAGACUCCAAAUCCUAAACAACUCUUAGAGAAAAUGGGAGUACGUCAGCUAGUCUCCGAUCUUAUUCAAGAGCUUGUCGACCUGGCUACAGCGCACGGUUGCUCUUUCCCGAGCGAUUUCAGUCAAAAGACGAUUGACAAAAUGACCUCCAUCGAUACACCAAGCACAAUGUACCAGGAUUUCCAGCACCGACGACCGAUGGAGCUUGAAACAUAUCUCGGAUCGCCUAUAAAACUAGCUACGCAGUCAGGUGUCAAGGUUCCUCGUAUUGAGACUCUGUAUGCUCUACUGCACCAUGUCAAUACCACAAACUUGAACAAACCCCGAGACGCAACUCCACCCGCCGUGGCUCAACCGCCUCCUCGAGUCUCCUCAGUUCCGCCUCCAAGAAAUGGUCCGAUGCGCCCACCGUCUUCUAGGGUCACAUCAGGGAUGAUGCCCCCGCGCCGAGGCCCGCCAUCUAGACCUCCGAGUGCCCAACCACAUCCCUCUGGUGGUCGUAUUCCUCGCGAGCCUUCAUUAGAAGGCCUCGAAGAGUUUAGUCACUUGAUGCUUUAUGAAGAUGCUCCGGAUGGCGUGAUUCCUCAACCUGCAACCAACGGCUAUCAUGAUAUGUCUCCCGGUGGCCCCCCUGGUCCUCCCCCGUCGGCCGCAGAUAUUGCCUUGAGGGAGCGAGAAUUAGCUCUGCGUCAGCGGGAGCUGAUGCUUCGGGAACAGGAAAUGAAUAUGAGGCGAGGACCGCGCAGGCCUCCUCCGCCUAGGUCGGUACUCGACGAGGAGGACGAAGAUGACUACUUUGACCCCAUGGAUAAUAUCCCCAUUCCACACAUUGACCCAGAUAGUGUGGAUAUGAUGAGCAUAACGUCGCGAAGAACAAAGAAAGCCCCAAGCGCCAGAGAAUUCCGCAAGAACCCUGAGGCCAACAUGAACAGCGGCAGGUCUUCCUUUGGCCGAUACUUUGGAGGAAGGAAACGUGCUAGUGAUCGCAUUAUGCAAGAGAUCCCUGGUCUUCAUGACUCGCUCAUGGACAACCCUAUGAUGGCCUACUCAUCCAAUCGCUACGGGUCCGUUGACAGAAACCAAAUGCAACAAGGAUCCCGCGCCAACUCUUUGACGGCAAGCCGAAUGGGUGACCUACCACACCCUGGUUACCCCGGUAGUAGGCGGAAUAGCCAGUCUCCAGGGACGCCGUUUGGUGGCCCCGGCCCCCGAAUGGGCCGACCAGGCACCGCACAAGAUGGUUUUAUGCCGCCCAAUGGCCAUAUGAACGGUCCUCUGAACGGUCCUAUGAACGGUCCUAUGAACGGUCCUAUGAACGGGCAUUUGCACGGUCCUCCGAAUGGCCCACCAAAUGGUCAUAUGAAUGGGGGCCAUCCGUCACCGCCCGGGCCCAUGCGGACGCCUGCUCCCAGGCACACUCCUGGGCAAGGAAAUGCUGUAGGUCCGCAGCAAGUUGAACAACAAUAUGGGCGCUGAAAGUGGUGAUAGUGGAGCUAGUGCCACACUCGAAUCCGAAAACUCGGCCCAUAGCAGUCAGAUCAGCCUAGACGCACAGCAAGCCGCAGCAGCGGCGCUCGUCCGCUAGACGACCACGAUACCCCCAAGCCUACUAGCCUCCGUCUUUCGCUGCACCGGUCGAGCGAAACAACCCUCAUUUGCCCUUCCCUUUCCGCCUACGCGUUCUGUCCAGCUUUCCCUUUCCGCUGUUUCCUAUAUUUGAACAUCUUCUUUCGCAGCGCUGUUUACCUGUUAUAAAGGAUACCUUCUAAUGAGACGCUUGGUGAGGAGGAUGAAAGCCGAC